UAAGGCUAAAGUCACAGAGCAGCUCUGCUACAGGAGGCAAAAUGAGAAAGCUGUUGGUUUUGGCAUCUCUGUUUUUGGCCGUCUUUGGCAGGAAGACUUUUGAAGGACACCAGGUCCUGCGGAUCACUGCAGUCAAUGAUGUUCAGAUCUCUCUGCUGAAGAACCUGACUGAUCAUGAAUAUCUUGAGCUGGACUUCUGGAGGGAGCCCGUUCACGAGUCUCUGCCUGUUGAUGUUCAUGUUCCCUCAACCAGUCUUCACAAGGUCAAGAGCUUCCUGAAGAACAACAAGAUCCAUUAUGAAAUCAUGAUCCAGGAUCUUCAGGACCUUGUGGAUGAGGAACAGCAGGAGAUGAUGCGCUUUCGUGCUCAUCAGCCUAAAUCCACUAAGGACUUUGACUACACCAACUACCACACCCUGGAUGAGAUUUAUACCUUCAUUGACAUGCUGGUGAAGGAGAACCCUAAAUUAGUUAGCAAAAUUGUGAUUGGUCAAAGCUACGAGCGCCGUCCCUUGAAUGUUCUGAAGUUUAGCACUGGUCCUAACCGCCCUGGUAUCUGGAUUGACACUGGCAUCCACUCCAGAGAAUGGGUCACCCAGGCCUGUGGAACCUGGUUUGCCAAGAAGAUUGCGGCUUCCUAUAACCGUGAUGCUGCUCUCACUGCCAUCCUUAAUAAGUUCGACAUUUUCCUGGAGAUCGUCACCAACCCUGAUGGAUUCCAGUUCACCCACACCUCUGACCGCAUGUGGCGCAAGACAAGGAAGCCCAAUCCUGGAUCGCCUUGUGUUGGAGUUGACCCCAACAGGAACUGGGAUUCUAACUUUGGAGGCCCUGGUUCCAGUAACAACCCAUGUCAUGCUACCUACCGUGGACCCUAUGCCCAUUCAGAAUCUGAGGUAAAGGCCAUUGUGGACUUUGUUAAGUCUCAUGGCAACCUGAAAGCCUUUGUGUCCAUCCACAGCUACUCUCAAUUUUUGCUCUACCCUUACGGCUACACCACGACUCCUUGCAGGGACCAGGCAGAGCUGCAUAAAUUGGCAAGGAAGGCAGUUGCUGCCUUGAAGGGUCUGUAUGGCACGAGCUACACAUAUGGCAGCAUCAUCAAUGUCAUUUACCAAGCUAGUGGUGGCUCCAUUGACUGGAGCUAUGACCAGGGCAUCAAGUACUCCUACACCUUUGAGCUGAGACCUUUGCAGUCCAGUCCCUACGGUUUCCUCCUGCCUGCUGAUCAGAUCAUCCCCACCGCUAAAGAGACGUGGCGGGCCCUCAAGGUCAUCAUGAAGCACACCAUGAACAACCCCUACUGAACCAACAGUUGGGUUAAAUGAUGCUUCAGGAGCCAAUCUUCUGAUUAAUCUUCAAAUGAAUGAAUAAACAAAUAAAAAAUAAGCAAAGUAAGCAAUAUUGAGACAACAAGUUUCUCUGUCGUUUCUCAAGAGGACAUUAACUGAGGACAUUAAUUUUGUCAGUCUUGUUAGAGUCAGUGGUAUUACAGCUUUACUGAUAUUGUCCAGCAUAUCUAUGUCUUACGCAUGAAUUUCACUUAAACAUUACUACACCUUUGCCACUGCAAUGUUAGGUUAUUUUUUUGGCCUCAGCCAUGUAAAGGACGAAUUUAAUGCCACAAGUAUCACUCUUUAAAUAAGUGUCAGUCAGAAUAGUGGGUCAGUCAUUUCAAAAGCCUUGGAUUUUGUAUUAAAUGUUUCUUUUACUUCUUUGUACACUGAAUCGUUCAAUCUAUAUAUCUCAGUAAAUGUGAUGCCUAUAUUUUAACGGGACCCCCACACCACCACCACCACCACCACAGGUCUGUGACCUGGUUAAUCACCUACAUCAAACAGAACAAAGACCUUCAUGUUACAUUUUACGAAGGAAAAGGGGGGAAAUA